UUCUUAGAGCUGCCACUGACCACAGAUAUUUAUGCCCUCAGUGCACCUUUGUCAACGAUGGUGGCGUGAACGCGCGCAGUGGGCGCGCAGUGGGCUGUUAUUAAAUGGGCGGACUUGCGGUCGCGCUCACAGCGGCUCCCGUGGUUUUGCCGGUCACAUAAAAGCGCGCGUCCCAAACGGGCGACCGGGCUCAACUGUCGGUACUUUCAGCGAGACCGGAUCACACCGAAGCGAAACACUGUCCUGGUCGGAUCAGGUAACGAAACACGUUAGAUCUGCUGACAUCAUCCACAGCCCCGAACCAGGAGAGGAGGAACCUCACAGGUCCAGACACACAGAGAUCAUGGCCUCCCAAUCGGCUCAGGUCGCCUCUGACAAGCGCUUCCUCAUCUUCUUCGACUUUGAUGAGACCAUUGUGGACGAGACCAGCGACGACAUAGUGGUGCAGACCGCCCCGGGUCAUCACCUCCCAGACUGGCUGAAGGACACCUACCAGCCAGGGCGCUACAACGAGUACAUGCAGCGCGUCCUGGCCUACCUCGCAGAGCAAGGAGUCACUGAGAGUGACAUUCGCAGUGCCAUGGAGAAGAUACCGUCCACCCCCGGCAUGCUCACCGUCUUCCAGUUCCUCCGCAACCGCCCGCCGCAGGACUUUGAGGUGGUCCUGCUGUCUGAUGCCAACUCCUUCUUCAUCGAGUCGUGGCUCCGACGGGCAGGGGCUCGCCAGCUCUUCCAUCGGAUCUUCACCAACCCGGCCACCUUCAACAGGGACGGGCGCCUGGUGCUCAGACCCUUCCACUCCCACGACUGCCCGCGGUGCCCGGUCAAUAUGUGCAAGCAGGUGGUCGUCAGGGACUAUGUGGCCCGCAGGACGCAGGAGCGGGGCCGCCCCUAUCAGAGGGUGCUCUACGUGGGAGACGGAGCCAACGACUUCUGCCCGGCCCUUGCCCUUGGGCCCCGAGACGUGGCCUUCCCACGGAAGGACUUCCCCAUGCACCGGCUGAUCACGGAGACCCACGAAGCCAUGCCCGGGGAGUUCAAGGCGGUCACGGUGCCGUGGAUGAGCGGGGACGAUGUGGUGCAGCGGCUGAGGAAGCUGGUGGCAGAGUAGAGAUGGUCACACUCAAAUACAGGGUCAAAAAAGUUGACAGUUGUAGUCAUAUUCUCAGGUGAAACAGUAACAGUAAUAUUUAAGGCAAUACAAUCAUUAGCAGGAGUGUAAACUGUGUAUAUCUGACCUCCAGCCUGAAAAUGACUCAGCUCAAAUCUCUCACGUUUUGGUCCAGAGGUCCCUCAGUUUAUUAUGGUUAAUUAUUAUGGAGGUCAGUCACUGUCACCUCAGCUGAGGAAAUCGAUAACAAAGUAAAUGCUUUGUGCCUUUAUUAACCAGCUAUAUGUUUUACUGCAUUGGCAUAAUAAAAUAUCCUACAUAUGUUUACAUUUAUUUAAAAUAAUCAGCAAUAUUUAAAAAAUAUUUUCAAAAAAUAUCACUUUGUGCCACCAAGUGACCAGGUGCUUUUGACUCACAGAUGUGUUUUCUCUCACAAACUGCACUUUUUUAAACAUGAAAUAUUAAAUUAUCCUGUCACUAAGUGGAAUCACAGUAACAUUGUUAUGUGACGGGCAUGUCAGUCAGCUUUAUAAGAUAACAGAACAUGUGUGUUGACAACAUGUUUGUCAGAAAAUAUACAGUAUGUCUAUAGAAGUUGUUUUUAAGAGUGUGUUGGUUUGUUUUUUUCAAAUGUCCGUUGUGUCUUUACUGUGUCGGCAUCGCUUACACUAAGAAAAUAACACCAGCAGGAAUAAAGCCAUCAACUGAAA